AAGACGACGGUUACCGGGGUAACGUCAACAUGCUCAAGCUGCUGAAUGUUAGCUUCAGUUAGAAUGAUGUAGCUUUUCUGUUUUCUCUUAACGGGUUCUACAUAUUUUUUUGACCAAAUUACAACAGACGUAGACCGGAGCAGCUUCAGUGACCAACGAAAAUCGUCAAAGGAAACUAAUUAAAGGCAUCAUGGCGAGCCAGAGACCACCUUCCGGCAUUUCUAGGCCGAUGAGCCGGAGUGGAUCUGCAGUUCCUGGUGCCGGAAGACCCCCGACAGCAGUGCGACCUCCUCCCACCGCUUUACGAGUGCCAACCGGGAUGGUUCCAGCUAGUAGCGGGCACCCAGGUAUGAGAGGGACCAUCCCCUCUCCUGGAGUCCUGUCAGCAGCCAUUAAAGUGGCUAACAGGCCCGUCACCCAGCAGGGUCUCAGUGGGAUGAAGACAGGAAUGAAAGGGCCUCAGAGACAGAUUCUGGAUAAAUCCUACUACCUGGGUCUCCUCAGGAGUAAAAUCAACGAGCUGACCACAGAGACCAGCAAACUGCACAAAGAGAUAGAGAACUACAACCAGGAGAACUCCGUCUAUGUCUCCUACGAGAAACGGGCAGAGGGUCUGGCUGCAGAGAUUAAGGACCUGCAGGGCCAGCUUGCUGACUACAACAUGCUGGUGGACAAGCUCAACACCAACACAGAGAUGGAGGAGAUGAUCAAUGACUACAACAUGCUGAAAGCGCAGAACGACAUCGAGGCACGAAGCAUCGACAGCAUUUUCACAGAGAGGAGAGAGAGAGAAGAGGUCGUCCGGGCGAUCGAGGAGGAGAUCGGAAGAGAGAGGCAGGUGGCUGAGGAAGUCGUCCAGGCAAUGCCUUCAGCAAAGCGGGACAAAUAUUUCGCCAUGACAACAACCAAUGAAGAACUGCUGCAGGAACUUGCGGUCCUCCAGGAAGAGUUGGACGUCCUGGUAACCAGGAAGGAAAACUAUGAAACAGAGCUGUCCCACUCACAGAUAAAACAGGAAAUGGUUCGGCUUCACGAGAGUUUGGCAUCGCUGGAGGGGAAGCGCAACGCCAUGGAGGACGAGGACAGGAGCCUGGGCUCCCCGCAGGAGGAGAGGGAGAAGCUGCUGAAGCAGGUGAAGGAGGACAACCAGGAAAUAGCCAGCAUGGAGAGACAGCUUACUGAGAUCAGAGACAGGAAGAGACAAAUUUCAGAGGACAUCCGGAACCUGGACCAGGACUCAGAGGCAGCUCAGGGCGAGUGCCAACAGAAGUACAAGGAGCUGAAGAGGAAGGAGGAGGAAAUAGACAGGUUCCUGGACUCGUUUGAGGAGUCCAGAGCCGAGGAGCAGAAGAAACUGACCAGAAGCCAGGAGGACAUUGUCUCUCUGCUGGAGCACUGCAGCAGGAACAUGUUGCGGCUGCGCCACGUCGACACGGUGACCGCCAGCGAGCUGAAGAACAUGCAGGAAGUGCUGGUCAGCAAGGAGACGGAGGUGGUCCGAUCAGAGAGCACUGCCAGAGGCCUGACCACAGAGUCCCACCGGCUGCAGCAGGACCUGGAGAAGGUCCAGCAGCUGGAGGGGAAGAUCGGCGCCGAGCUCAGCACCCUGAAGGAGCAGGUCAGCACCAUGGAAACGGAGCUGCUAACCUACAGAGACCUGGACGCCCUAAGGCGGAGCGCUGACGACAAGAGGAAGAGGCUCCAGGAGGAGCGGCUGACCCUGAGUCAGCGCAGAGACUCCUUCCUCCAGCUGCUGCAGGAGAUGAACCAGAAACACGAAGCCCUCAAGACCAAGCUGCAGGAGAACGAGACGCACGCUCAGCUAACCAACCUGGAGAGGAAAUGGCAGCACUUGGAGCAGAACAACUUUGUGAUGAAAGAGUUCAUCGCUUCCAAGACUCAGGAGAAUGACUACGAGUCGGUUGCUAAGGUCGUCUACCAGCAGGUGGCAGACUACAACAAGAGCCUUAUAGAGGCGUUACAGAACAACCGGACCUGACCUGUCUUCUCAUUAAUUUUGUGUUCAGUAUGAGGUUAGCAAUAUAGUUAAAGUGGAAACUACUAGUUAAGGUUAGCCUUCUGGCAGCAUUUAAAUUGUUAAUGUCACUUCUGAUUGGUCAGAUUCUUUUCCCAAAUCAGUAGAAGCUUCACUUGUUCUUUGUCAAUAAAGCCGGACACGUGACAUGUA